CCACCAUACUGCCAGCUGUGCACGUGAAAUCUCUGAAACAUCAACGAAGCUUUGGAUUUCCUAAAAUAUGUCUAAGGCCAAGGGAAAGAAGAAGGAGCGCUUCGAUGACGACGACGAGCAGCAGCCCGAGAAAGUGGUUGUCCACGAGAAAAAGCAGCCUAACAAGAAAGGUGGCAAGAAGGGUAAACGUGGCGGUGGCGACUCCAGCGACGAGGACCAGCUGCCUUCCAAGGCGAGCGGCGGCAACAACAGGGAUGCCGAGGAUCUGGAAAGUGUGGCCUCCUCCAAUCAAAGCCGCCAGCAGCAGCAGCCGAAGAAGGGUGCAAAGAAGGGUAAGAAGGGCAAGAAGAACGACGACUGGAGCGAUGAGGAUGAGAAGCUAGUGAAGGGUGCUCCUCCGCCAUUGGCCAAUGAUGAUGAGGACGAUGACGAGGAUGCGGCGGCGGCGGCUCCUGUCGCCAAGACCCCGGCCAAAAAGCAGCCACAGGGCAAGAAGAAUAAAAAGAACAAGAAAAAGGCUGCCGAUGACUUCAGUGACGAUGAGGAGGAGCACGACCUUCAGCUGGAGGAGGACGACGAUGACGAGGAGGAGGCGCCUCAGAUGAUAGCCAAGCCCUCGGCCAAGAAGUCCAAGAAAAAGCAACAGCAAAAGAACAAAUUUGCCAUGAGCGAUGACGAGGAGGAUGAUCUAGAGGAUGCGGUGGAGGAGCCUCCACCAGCAGCCAAAAAGUCCAGCAAGAAGCAGCCGAGGAAAUUGUCCAUCAGCGAGGACGAAGAGAAGCUCGAGGAUGAGCCCGAAAAAGAAGUAAAAGAAGAUAAAGUCGCUGAGAUAAUCAGCGAAAAAAUAGCUGCCGUUUCACUCAAGGAACCCGAAGUGGUGGAGGUUCCACCCGUCACUAAGGCGGAGCCCGAACCGGAGCCAGAACCUAAGACCAAGGUGCAGGACGAGUCGGAAGAGGAGGCGGAGGCCACACGCAAAUCCAGCGAAGAGCCUUCGGAGGCCAAGGAGAAAAAGCUCACGCACAAAGAGAAGAAGAAACAAAAGAAACAGCAGGAAUACGAGCGCCAAAUGGAGCUGAUGACCAAGAAAGGCGGUGCCGGACACUCGGAUUUGGAUAACAACUUUACCAUGUCGCAGGUGCAAAAGACCGCCGGCCAGCAGGCGGCCCUCGAGCAUGCUGUGGAUAUAAAAAUUGAGAAUUUCACAAUAUCAGCAAAGGGCAACGAUCUGUUUGUGAAUGCGAAUCUACUGAUUGCCCAUGGCCGCCGCUAUGGCCUGGUGGGCCCCAAUGGACAUGGCAAGACAACGCUGCUGCGUCACAUAGCCACACGUGCCUUUGCCAUACCGCCCAACAUUGAUGUGCUGCUCUGCGAGCAGGAGGUGGUUGCCACCGACAAGACGGCCAUUGAGACGAUCCUGGAGGCCGAUACGCGUCGCACUCAGACGCUAAAGAAAAGCGAAGAGCUGGAGAAACAGUUCGCCAACGGCGACAUGAGCGUCCAGGAGGAGCUGAACGAUAUCUUUGCAGAGCUGAAGGCCAUUGGCGCAUACUCCGCCGAGGCCAGGGCGCGCCGCAUAUUGGCAGGUCUUGGGUUUAGCAAGGAGAUGCAGGAUCGUCCCACAAACAAGUUCUCGGGUGGCUGGCGGAUGCGUGUCUCGCUGGCCAGGGCUCUCUACCUGGAGCCCACGCUGCUGAUGCUGGACGAGCCGACAAAUCACUUGGAUCUGAAUGCCGUCAUCUGGCUGGACAACUAUCUGCAGGGCUGGAAGAAGACACUGCUGAUUGUCUCCCACGACCAGAGUUUCCUCGACAAUGUCUGCAACGAGAUCAUCCAUUUGGACCAGAAGAAGCUGCAGUACUACAAGGGCAACUAUUCCAUGUUCAAGAAGAUGUACGUGCAGAAGCGUCGCGAGAUGGUCAAGGAGUACGAGAAGCAGGAGAAGCGUUUGCGCGAGCUGAAGGCCCACGGCCAGUCGAAGAAGGCGGCCGAAAAGAAGCAAAAGGAGACGCUCACCCGCAAGCAGGAGAAGAACAAAACUAAGCAGCAAAAGGACGAGGAUGAGGGCCCCCAGGAGCUGCUCGCCCGCCCCAAGGAGUACAUUGUCAAGUUCCGUUUCCCGGAGCCCUCGCAGCUGCAGCCCCCCAUCCUGGGUGUGCACAACAUUACGUUUGCCUUUGCCGGCCAGAAGCCGCUGUUCAUCAAGGCCGACUUUGGCAUCGAUCUGAGCAGCCGUGUGGCCAUUGUCGGCCCGAAUGGCGUCGGCAAGUCAACGUUCCUCAAGCUGCUGCUCGGCGAGCUGGAGCCCCAGCAGGGGGAGCAGAGGAAGAACCAUCGCCUGCAUGUGGGACGCUUUGAUCAGCAUUCGGGUGAGCAUCUGACGGCCGAGGAAUCGGCUGCCGAAUAUCUGCAGCGACUCUUCAAUCUGCCACACGAGAAGGCGCGCAAGGCACUGGGAUCCUUUGGAUUGGUGAGCCACGCGCACACCAUCAAGAUGAAGGAUCUUUCGGGAGGCCAGAAGGCACGUGUGGCACUCGCCGAGCUGUGCCUCAGUGCACCCGAUGUCCUCAUCCUGGAUGAGCCCACCAACAAUCUGGACAUUGAGAGUAUUGACGCGUUGGCCGAGGCCAUCAAUGAGUACGAGGGCGGCGUGAUUAUAGUCUCCCACGACGAGCGACUUAUACGCGAAACGGGCUGCACUCUGUACGUGAUUGAGGAUCAGACCAUCAACGAAAUCGAUGGCGAGUUCGAUGACUACCGCAAGGAGGUGCUUGAUUCGCUCGGAGAGGUCGUCAACAAUCCCAGUGUGGUGGCCAAUGCAGCCGUACUGCAAUAG